ACGAAGGGGAGCCGAAAUUCAGAAUAUCGCUGUGUAAAAGGUUUAGGAAGGGUUUAGCUCGCACGGAGUCGGUUGUUCGAAGGAGUCUCUGAAGCUCAGAAGCCAUGGUCGUGAAGCCGUCGGGCGGCGAUUCAAAGAACGGGAAGCAAGUCGACGAUCCUAAUGCAAUCGGUUCGGACAUUGACAAGCAAUUCCUUGGCCUUCCUAUCAAGUCAGCCGUCGACAAGUUUCAACUUCUUCCUGAAUUUUUGAAGGUAAGAGGUCUGGUUCGGCAACAUUUGGAUUCCUUUAACUACUUCGUGAAUACAGAAAUUAAAAAGAUAGUCAAGGCCAAUGAUCGAAUUCAAUCCAGCACCGAUCCGAGUAUUUAUCUUAGAUUUCUUGAUGUAAGAGUUGGCGAGCCUUCUGUGACCAUGAAUGCUGUCAGUGAAUCUAUUAGUCCUCAUAUGUGCCGCUUAUCUGACCUUACAUAUGCCGCUCCGAUACUUGUUGAUAUAGAAUACAUUGAAGAACAUCAUGCACAAAAAGCCCCAAGGGAGAAGAAAGACGUGGCCAUUGGGAGGAUGCCUAUAAUGUUACGAAGCCGUUGCUGUGUUUUAUAUGGAAAAGAUGAGGCUGAACUUGCAAGACUUGGUGAGUGUCCACUUGAUCCUGGCGGCUAUUUUGUAAUCAAGGGCACCGAGAAGGUAGUUUUGAUUCAAGAACAACUUUCAAAGAACAGGAUUAUCAUUGAUACUGACAAAAAGGGGAAUAUAAAUGCAUCUGUUACAAGCAGCACAGAGGCAACAAAAAGUAAAACAGUUAUUAAAAUGGAAAAUGAGAAGAUCUAUCUCCAGCUCAAUAUAUUUACCACACCAAAGAUUCCCAUUGUGGUGGUCUUGAAGGCUAUGGGAAUGGAGAGUAUUCAAGAAGUUGUGCAAAUGGUUGGAAGAGAUCCUCGAUACGGUGCCCUACUUCUUCCAUCAAUUGAGGAAUGUGCGAAGGAAAAAAUAUAUACACAAGAACAAGCAUUAGAGUAUCUUGAGACAAAGGUGAAGAAGUUUCAAUUUUUUAGUGCUCCUCCAGAAAAGGAAGGAAGGGCUCUAGGGAUACUUCGUGAUGUUUUUCUUGCCAAUGUCCCAGUCCAUAAAAAUAACUUUUUUCCAAAAUGCAUAUAUGUUGGCGUCAUGAUGAGACGGAUGAUGGAUGCAAUUUUAAAUAAGGAUGCUAUGGAUGACAAGGAUUAUGUGGGCAACAAACGUUUGGAGCUAUCUGGUCAGUUGAUCUCUUUACUUUUUGAGGAUUUAUUCAAGACAAUGGUUAGUGAAGUGAAGAAGACAGUUGAUAAGCUUCUUGGAAAGCACAGUAGGUCAAGUCGGUUUGACUUCUCUCAGCAUCUGAAUUCAAACAUUAUUUCUUUUGGGCUAGAAAGGACCCUUUCAACUGGUAAUUGGGAUGUUAAAAGGUUCAGGAUGCACCGGAAGGGGAUGAGUCAGGUUCUUGCUAGGUUAUCUUUUAUUUCUACUAUGGGUCAUGUGACUAGAGUCUCCCCACAGUUUGAGAAGUCCAGGAAAGUUAGUGGACCAAGAGCACUACAACCUAGUCAGUGGGGUAUGCUUUGUCCAUGCGAUACUCCAGAAGGUGAGGCUUGUGGACUUGUAAAAAACUUGGCUCUGAUGACUCAUGUAACGACAGAUCAGGAAGAAGGCCCAUUAAUUUCUUUGUGCUACUGUUUGGGUGUCGAAGACUUGGAGCUUCUUUCUGCAGAAGAGCUACAUACACCAAAUUCAUUUCUUGUUAUUUUUAAUGGACGUAUCCUUGGCAAACAUCGGCGGCCUCAGUACUUUGCUACUGGUAUGAGAAUGCUGAGGAGAGCUGGAAAAAUUGGCGAGUUUGUCAGUGUCUUUGUGAAUGAGAAGCAGCACUGUGUAUACAUUGCUUCUGAUGGAGGACGAGUUUGUCGUCCGCUUGUCAUUGCUGACAAAGGUGUAUCGAGGAUUAAAGAAUACCAUAUGAAAGAGUUAUCGGAUGGAGUCCGUACAUUUGAUGAUUUUUUACGGGAAGGUUUAAUCGAGUAUCUUGAUGUGAACGAAGAGAAUAAUGCUUUGAUUGCUUUGUAUGAAGGAGAAGCUACACUGGAAACAACUCAUAUUGAGAUCGAGCCCUUUACCAUAUUAGGCGUUGUAGCUGGGUUAAUUCCAUAUCCUCAUCAUAACCAAUCACCUAGAAACACAUAUCAGUGCGCUAUGGGAAAGCAAGCCAUGGGAAACAUCGCAUACAAUCAGUUAAAACGAAUGGACACGUUACUGUACUUGCUGGUGUAUCCCCAGAGGCCCUUAUUAACAACGAGGACUAUUGAGCUGGUUGGAUAUGACAAGCUUGGAGCAGGGCAGAAUGCAACUGUUGCAGUCAUGAGUUACAGUGGCUAUGAUAUAGAGGAUGCAAUCGUCAUGAAUAAAUCGUCACUUGAUCGUGGUUUUGGUCGUUGUAUUGUUUUUAAGAAAUAUUCUUCUGUCAAUCAGAAGUAUGAAAACAACACUGCUGACAGGAUAGUAAGGCCGAAUAGAAACGAAGAUUAUUCGGGGAAUAUGCAGAUAUUAGAUGAUGAUGGACUUGCUGCUCCGGGAGAGAUUAUUAGACCAAACGACGUUUAUGUCAACAAACAAACCCCCAUGAUAACGAAAGGGACACCCUUACCAGGAAUACCAGAUAGUGCGUAUAGGCCUUGUAGACAAAUAUUUAAAGGUUCUGAAGGAGAGCCUACCGUGAUUGAUAGAGUGGCUCUUUCUACAGAUAAGAAUGACUGUUUAUGUAUCAAAUUCUUGAUUCGCCAGACCCGUAGACCAGAGCUUGGUGAUAAGUUCAGUAGCAGACAUGGACAAAAAGGUGUAUGUGGCACAAUUGUUCAACAAGAAGAUUUCCCAUUUUCUGAACGUGGAAUUUGUCCAGAUCUAAUUAUGAAUCCUCACGGAUUCCCAAGUCGAAUGACAGUGGGGAAGAUGAUUGAACUCCUAGGAGGAAAAGCAGGGGUUUCAUGUGGUAGGUUUCACUAUGGUAGUGCAUUUGGAGAGCCAAGUGGUCAUGCAGACAAAGUUGAUGCUAUAAGCGAGACUCUUGUCAAGAGAGGCUUCAGUUACAAUGGGAAAGAUAUUCUUUACUCAGGUAUCACAGGUUGCCCAUUACAAGCAUAUAUAUUUAUGGGACCAAUUUACUACCAGAAGUUAAAGCACAUGGUCUUGGACAAAAUGCAUGCUCGAGGUAGUGGUCCACGUGUCAUGUUAACUAGACAACCAACAGAAGGGAGAGCCAGGAAUGGAGGACUUCGAGUUGGAGAAAUGGAACGCGAUUGUUUGAUUGCGUAUGGUGCUAGUAUGCUGAUUUUUGAGCGUUUAAUGGUCUCAAGUGAUCCUUUCGAAGUUCAGGUCUGCAGAGUUUGUGGUUUGUUGGGAUACUACAACCACAAGUUAAAAGCGGGAAUCUGUUCUUCAUGUAAAAAUGGAGAUAACAUAUCCACUAUGAAACUUCCAUAUGCGUGCAAGCUCUUAAUCCAGGAACUUCAAUCUAUGAAUAUUGUUCCUCGCCUAAAACUAGCAGAAGCCUGAUCAACAUCAAAGCCACGAUUCGAACCGGUCGAGACUGUACAUAGACGAAAAUUUUGGAGAAGUAUUUUUGCAAGCCAGUCAUCCACAUUUCUGUCAACGCGACCUUGAGGCUGCAUCACAUAGGACAAAGUCUUGGUGCUAUAAUUUAUAAUCCGACUCAGUGUCGCACAACACAUCGAGACCCCAAGGGAUUUUUGCUUUUCUCAUGCACAUAAGGUAGUUCAGAGGAAGGGCAAUGACAAGUAUUUAGGGAAUGCCAUUAUUUGGUGAGAUUGUGUGUUGUUUUACAGGAUUACUAAAUUAUCGUAAUUUUCAUUCAUUUAAGAAUCUAAAUUAUAUAUAUCCUUAAACCUCCAA